UAAAUUCGCGGCGGCCCGGUGCUCGUGGCCGAUAAGCCCCGGCUGGCCCGGAGCCCAGCGCUGCCCGGCCCCGCGGCUCCGCAGCGCCCGGUGCCCGCAGGAGCGGCGGGAGCAGCCCCGCGCCCGCCGGGCGUUGCCCCUUUAAGAAGCCCGGGUGCUGUCUCAGGUAGGCAGAGCCUGUGUGCAGUAGUCGCUCCUAUGGCAACCCAAUAGAAUGGGAUCGCUUCAUGAAUAUUCCCAGGAGCAGGGGCUGCAUGAGGAAUAAGUGAUGACAGUGAUGUAAGCAAGCAGUGGCCGCUGCAGGUUGCAGUUCAUUGUGUUAUUGGCCGGCAGGUUGAGGAGUUUGAGGCACCCGGGUUUGAGCUUCGCUUUCCGGAUGAUGUCUGCCCGCCGGGAGACACGGCACAUUUGCAUCUCGAAGCCAACAUGGCAAGGCGGCUGCUGCUGCCGCUACCGCCCUCCCUCGCCUUCCAGCCAGGAGUGUGUGGCUCUCCUCUAGACUUCUUGCCCAGUGCUCAGGAUCUGAGCAGACGGGGAUUGCAGUAACACUCACCAAGGGAAGACAAGCAGCAAGUAGCCAAAUCGGGACAACGGGGAAGAAGGGGGGGAUUUUUUGCCUUCCCUCUUUUUUGUUUUUUUGUUGGUUUUUUUUUUCUCCUUCCCUUCCCUUCUGGAUGCAGAGGCUGUGUUUUGAUGCAGAGCCUGUGGAUGCCACAGCCUGGUAAGGAGAUGACACGCCAGUCUCUGGUCCCCUCUGCCCCUUGAGCUGGGGGCAGGGGCCUGGGGGCAGUGCCGGUUCCCCUUCCUGGGCAGAGCGGGGUCUCUCCCUCUCACUGAGCAGCAGCAGCAGCAGUAUCGGCCAUGGACAAGCUGCCCCCCUCCAUGCGCAAGAGGCUCUAUAGCCUGCCCCAGCAGAUCGGACCCAAGGCGUCGAUCAUGGACGAGGAGGAUGACAGCGACAAGGACACCCGGAGGAAAAGCAUCAGGCUGAAGCCACUGCCUUCGCCCUCUGCUGGGAGCACCCGGGCCCUCGGGGGGGACCCCGGCAGAGGGGGGGACCCCGGCCUCCUGGAGACCGAGGCCGGCGGCAAGGGCGCCAAGACCAGCACCAACGGGGACUGCCGCCGCUUCAAAGGGAGCCUGUCCUCGCUGACCAGCAGGCACCUCCACGACGCGGCCGAGGAGAAGAGGCUGAUCGGCGGCGAAGGGGAGCCGGCCUCCCCCAGCGAGGACAAGAGCCCCCCCGGCAGUGGGGAGCUGGAGCAGGGGCUGCCGGCGCCCCCACCGCCCGCGUCCCCCCCGGAGCCUCAGCAGCCCCCCCGGGCCUGCUCCUCCACUUCCAUCAAAGUGGAAGGAGGUGGAGGGUGCGACCAGAUCACCCCAGAUGAGGAGCAGAGGCUGGGCCAAGCCGGUUUCAUGCAGAGGCAGUUCGGGGCCAUGCUCCAGCCGGGGGUCAACAAAUUCUCCUUGAGGAUGUUUGGCAGCCAGAAGGCCGUGGAGAGGGAGCAGGAGAGGGUUAAGUCUGCCGGGUUCUGGAUCAUCCACCCCUACAGCGACUUCAGGUUUUAUUGGGAUUUGACCAUGCUGCUCCUGAUGGUAGGGAACCUGAUCAUCAUCCCUGUGGGCAUCACUUUCUUCAAGGAUGAGAACACCACCCCAUGGAUUGUCUUCAAUGUGGUUUCGGACACGUUCUUCCUCAUCGACCUUGUCCUCAACUUCCGGACAGGCAUCGUGGUGGAGGACAACACCGAGAUCAUCCUGGACCCACAGAGGAUCAAGAUGAAGUACCUCAAGAGCUGGUUUGUGGUGGAUUUUAUCUCCUCCAUCCCCGUGGACUAUAUCUUCCUGAUCGUGGAGACCCGCAUUGACUCAGAGGUGUACAAGACGGCCCGGGCCCUGCGCAUCGUGCGCUUCACCAAGAUCCUGAGCCUGCUCCGGCUGCUGAGGCUCUCCCGGCUCAUCCGCUACAUCCACCAGUGGGAGGAGAUCUUCCACAUGACCUACGAUCUGGCCAGUGCCGUGGUGAGGAUCGUGAACCUCAUUGGGAUGAUGCUGCUGCUGUGCCACUGGGACGGCUGCCUCCAGUUCCUGGUGCCGAUGCUGCAGGACUUCCCCGACGACUGCUGGGUGUCCCUGAACCGCAUGGUGAACGACUCCUGGGGGAAGCAGUACUCCUACGCCCUCUUCAAGGCCAUGAGCCACAUGCUGUGCAUCGGCUACGGGCAGCAGGCGCCCGUGGGCAUGUCGGACGUGUGGCUCACCAUGCUCAGCAUGAUCGUGGGGGCCACCUGCUACGCCAUGUUCAUCGGCCACGCCACCGCCCUCAUCCAGUCCCUGGACUCCUCCCGCCGCCAGUACCAGGAGAAGUACAAACAGGUGGAGCAGUACAUGUCCUUCCACAAGCUCCCGGCGGACAUGCGGCAGCGCAUCCACGACUACUACGAGCACCGGUACCAGGGGAAGAUGUUUGAUGAGGAGAGCAUCCUGGGGGAGCUGAGCGAGCCCCUGCGAGAGGAAAUCAUCAACUUCAACUGCCGGAAGCUGGUGGCCUCCAUGCCCCUGUUUGCCAAUGCAGACCCCAACUUUGUGACGUCCAUGCUGACCAAGCUGCGGUUCGAGGUGUUCCAGCCGGGCGACUACAUCAUCCGGGAGGGCACCAUCGGCAAGAAGAUGUACUUCAUCCAGCACGGCGUGGUCAGCGUCCUCACCAAGGGCAACAAGGAGACCAAGCUGGCUGACGGAUCCUACUUCGGAGAGAUCUGCCUGCUGACGCGGGGCCGGCGCACGGCCAGCGUGCGAGCCGACACCUACUGCCGCCUGUACUCCCUGUCCGUGGACAACUUCAACGAGGUGCUGGAGGAGUACCCCAUGAUGCGCAGGGCUUUUGAAACCGUGGCUCUGGACAGGCUGGACAGAAUUGGCAAGAAGAAUUCCAUUCUGCUGCAUAAAGUCCAGCAUGACCUGAAUUCGGGUGUUUUCAACUACCAGGAGAAUGAGAUCAUCCAGCAGAUCGUGCAGCACGACAGGGAGAUGGCUCACUGUGCUCACAAUGUCCAGGCUGCUGCCGCCGCCGCCUCCACACCCACCCCGGUCAUCUGGACCCCGCUGAUCCAGGCCCCCCUCCAGGCUGCAGCAGCCACCACGUCCGUGGCCAUCGCCCUGACCCACCACCCCCGGCUCCCCACAGCCAUCUUCCGUCCGCCCGUGUCCGUCCUGGGCUCCCUGGGGCAGCAAUCCAACCAGACUCCCAGGCAGCUGAAAAGAUUUCAGUCCCUAAUCCCAUCGACCGGUCCCUCUGCCGUCGGCUCUCCCUCCAGUACUCCAUCCCAGCUGCACACACCUGGAGCAGAAACCCCCUCGUCCUCUUCCUUCCACAUCCAGCAGCUCGCAGGGUUCUCAGCUGCCGCUGGCUUAGGCCAGUUCCAGGUGGGAUCCCCUCCAGGUGGCUCAAGCCAGCCAGGUUUGAGCAGCACCUCCUCGGUGGGACUGAGCCAGUUCCAAAACGCACCUUCUGGAUCACCCUUAGGUGCAGCUCAGCCGGUGCAGCAGCAGCAGCAGCAGCAGCAACAGCAGCAGCAACAGCAACAGCAGCAGCAGCAGCAGCAGCAGCAGCCAGCCCUUUCCAGCAGUGGAUUUGGGCACUUCCAGCAAGCCACAACCAGCUCCCCAUCGACGUCCCUCACCCAGCUCUCAUCAAACUCACCCCCCAGUCUUCUCAACCAGUUCCAGCCAACCACCAGACCACUGCAGGGGGGACAGUUACAGCAGCUCUCGGGCAGUGGGACUUUGGGGGGAAUGAAUCACUUCCAACCCCCUCCUUCUUCCAACUCUCCAUCCUCCAGCCUAAGCCAGCUGGCACAGGCCUCAGGUGGGCCGUCCUCAGGCCUGUGCCAAACACAUCCAAGUGCAUUAGGAUCUUUAACUGGAACGAUAGCCCAGCUCCACCAAGAACGGCCUCCCUUUGCCUCCGUGUCUCCACUACAACAGUCUGGUGUCGCCUCUCCCUGUUACACCCCUUCUGGCCUUAGUCCUCCCAGUCAGAGCCCAGUGGCAACAAGAACUUUCCAGAGUGGCCCUGCCGGGCCCACAGGCUCUCACGGCUCGCUGCUGCUGCCCCAGCCCGCCAGCCCCCCUCCGCAGAUCCUGCAGGCCAAGGGCGCGGCGCCAGUGCCGCCGGGACGGCUCAACCAGGACAUCAAGCUGAUCUCUGCUUCCCAGCCAUCUCUGCCCCAGGAGCUGGCGCAGACACUGGGCCACAGUUCUCCUCAUUCCUCUAGAGAAUCUGUUUCUAGCUUCUCUCCUUUUCCUGGAGGAGGGACUGGACUUCUGGGGAAGCCUUGUAGCUCGAUCCCCGGGCGUGUGACUUUGCCGCGGCAGAUGUCCUCAGGGUCUUUGCCACACCCGCUGGUGUUCGGGGCCGGCGCUGCUCCUCUGACUGCUGGUGGGCGCAAAGAAUCCAUAGUGCUCACAGGGGAUCUGGAGCCCGUCAGAUCCAAACUGCCCUCCAAUUUGUGAGGACUCCUCCCGAGAGCUGGUUAUGUCAGCCCUGCAGUUCAGUUCCUGAUGAGUUCAUGAAGCAUUUUUUUUUCCCUUUCCUUCCCCCCCACCCUCGGCGCCCGCUUUGUUUUCUCCAUUUCGUUUGUUUAGGUUUAACUGUGCUUAGAAACAAAGAAAAACACAUGAGAAACAACAACAACAACAAAAAAAGAAGAUAACCAGGUAUUCUUAGAGCUAUAGAUUUUUGGUCACUUGAUUUUAUAGAAUAUUUUAAUACAUGGAACAAAAGGAUAUGAGCAAAUUUAAUCCAACGAGGUAACGCACAGGCGAGGCGUGUGCCUGAGCUGGAACAUGUGAAUGAUCAGCCAUAGAAGCCACCAAAAAAAGGUUUUCCUGUUGAGACAAAGAUCCGAGGUUGACGUGGGCUGUAGGAGGUGACAUCAGGUCAGGUCUGUAGCUGGUGUUUUAGGACAGCCCUGGUUGGCCUCAGCUGUGACUCUGGUCCGCAGCACCUGGUUCUGGGGGUUGUGGAUGGCCCACUGUGAGCACCAGAAGGUGUCCCUUCCUCCCAUGUUCCCUCCUUUGUUCAGAUUGCAAAGCAAGCGAGAAGAGGGGGGAGUUUCAUUAUUCCAGACCCCCCUAGGGAUUUCCCAAGGGCCAAGUUUUGGUUUGGACUCCACUUGAAGAAGAUGAAGGUGACCAGCAGGUGGACGGGCCUCACUCAGAUUGUCUCUUUCUGACUCCACUGAUGCUCUGAUGGGAACAAGGAGCAGUCCCUUGUAGGUCACGAGGAGGGCAGUGAUUAUCCCCUCUGUAUUUUUGUCAUGGAUGUGGGCAGUGGGAAAAAUCUUGGCUCUGCCAGCACACCAGGCAGUGACCUCAGCUGGCACAAAGGCCCAAACUUCAGCCUCUCCAUGGUUUGGAAAGUGUGUGUGCAAAGCCAGGGGAGGGAUGGAGAAGGAAAGCACUUGAACCUUCCCUGUCACGUUACUGUCUCAGUGUCCAUGGGCUGACUGCUUUGAAGAGAACUAGAAAAGGACUGAGCAGUGGGUUGCAGUCACCCCUGCCCUCCUCCUCCUCAGCCUAGAGGAGUUUGAGCUUUGAGGCACCCAGAGUAGUUCUGGUGCCCAGCCAAGAAUCCUCCAGAUUUGCAACUCUGUUUUCACCACUCACACCAGAUUAGACCAGAGAUUUGGCCAGCCAUGGUCUGUGCUUCCCCCCCGCUGGGGGGUCCGAAAUCCUUCGUUUGAUUUCACCAGCAAUAAGAGCUGCACCCGAUGGGCUUUGGCCUGGCCCUGCAGCUGCAGCGUCACUGGACACACCUGGGGCCUGGCAGGCACCUGGAGCUGGAGUUUUUGGGCUCCCCUAAGGCAGUCAGAGUGGGAUGAGGGCGUGAGGGGCCGCUGGGUGCACACUGAGAAGAUGCAGCCUUUACCUCUAGAGUGAAUGUCUCCUUUUCUGUUACUUUGAUCCUUUCUCUGUUUCAGUUUUUCUUAGGCCAAGAGGUGUCUACACCUCACUGUAAGAGUCAGGUGCUCAACUUUUCUAACCCUUGUUAGAAAGACAUCCAGCCUCCCUCUGUUUCCAGCUAUCAUGGGGUCCCCAGAGGGAAAGCAGGACUUCAUGCAGCAAUGCCAAAAACUUAUCCCAGUAAUGAUAUAGGUCCCUCAAACUCCCUCUCUGACCUCCUCCCACCCCCAAAACACUGGCUGACAGUUGUUUUUUAUACUGAAUUGUUUGCAAAACUCUUUGACAUGUGCCUGUAUCUCGAAUGUUACUGCAGCAUUCCUGGGCACUCCUGCUUCAACGUGCUUUGGUGGCUCAGAAUUCAGAUGUAAUCAGCUUUGGUCUUCCUUAAAGGGUCAGGGGAACUCUAGAAAUGUUUUUUCUACUAGCUACAUGCACCUAUAUAUGUGUGAGUGUGUGUGGUGGGAGGGGUGCAUGUGUGUGUGUGUGUGUGUUUGUAUAGAUUUUAUAUAUCUAUCUAUAUAUACACACAUGCUUUUAUAUAUAUAGUAUAGUUAUACACCUAUGUAGUCUAUUUAUGCACACAUGUAAGCACACACACACACACACAUUUAUAUAUAUAUAUAUAUCUCCUAGUUUUAAAAUACAUGUCGAUUUUGACCCUCCUGUAGGACUGAUUGGCAGGUGAUAAUUAUAAUCUAUAGAUCCUGCUUUUCCAAAUAUGUACAGGUUCAUCUUGAAACAGGAAUUGAAGCAGACUCACAGACCCUCUCAUAUUUUCAAAGAUGUGUGCACGAAAUCCUUCACGUUAACGGCAGACAUGGCAACUCUGGCUGACUGUGAUCCCUGGAGAAGGGCCCAAGGAGCAGGAUGCAGAUGUGAACAACCUGGAACAGGGACUGCCACAGGAAGCAGACAAAGCAGGGAGGAAGGAAGCAGCAGUUUCCAGGUCUCAGACUAAGGUAGAUGGUGAUGCCAAGGUCAGGAGCUGAUGUAUUUUAGGAAGGAAGGGAACCGGAGCCAGAGCUGGUGCCAGCAUGGUCCCAGCACCUGAUGAGGCAGGAUCCUUCCCCUUGGAGAUGAUUUUCCCUGCCCAGCACUGCUUUGCAGCCCAGGACUGAAGACCCCACCUCAUCUCUAGGGGAAGAUGAAGUUAUAGGAGGUGGAGGCACUGACAGCCAGCCUAAAAUGAAAAAGGGACGCAGCCUGUGGCAGCCCAGCCUUGCCCUGUCUGCAGCCUGCUGAGGGGGUCAGGAUGAUGCUCCCAAGGACACGAGUGACCAGGAAAGUGGCUGAUGACCAGUGGGAGUCCCCAGUAUGAGAGAAGGAGGCUGGAGUCAGCACAAGGGGAGCAACACGGAUACCCAUCGCUGCACUUCAAAAGGCUGAGUCCCACGACUUGCGGAGCGGUUUGGAGUCAUGUCCCGGGGAGGUGGUCACGCCGUGGUGAUGGCAUUGAGGUCCUUCAUCAGUCCUUCCAGGUGGGCCAUCUCUUUGGUCAGCUCAUCCGGCUCGUAGGUCUGGGGAGAGGGAGAGGGUUACUACAGGGGCCUUGGCUCUCCUUAGGGAGGGACAGGACAGGAAACACAGAGGAAUGGUCAGGGACUGCUGUGGGAUAUGGCUCUGACUCAGGAAUAACCACACGUGGAUUGGAUUUAGCCACAGUUACAGGAAUUAAUAACUUGAAAGAACACUCUAAGGAGUGGCUGGAGCUGUGCCAGGGGAGGUUUAGGUUGGACAUUAGGAAAAGGUUCUUCCCUCAGAGGGUGGUCGGGCACUGAACAGGCUCCCAGGCACAGCACCAAGGCUGCCAGAGCUCAAGGAGGGUUUGGACAACGCUCUCAGGGACAGGGUGGGAUUUGGACUGAUGAUCCUUGUGGGUCCCUUCCAGCUCAGCAUGUUCUAUUCUUUGAUUCUAUUUUCAGUGCAGCUCUUUGGGCAGUUGUGAUUCAGAGUCCCACUGAAUAAACCAUGAUCAGCUGAUCUGUUUUCCUUGUCUCAAUCCCUGAAGGGAACAGCUGCCUUUGAACCAGAGUAGGCAGUUUAGAAAAGUCUUCCCAGCUUAACUGGAAAGCAGGCCAAAGGAAUCACCUCAAAAGAAAUGCUUUGAGAAUCGUUACCCUCCCUGAAAUCACAGUGUCUUAGGCUCAGAGGUCCAGUUUCAGCUGCACUGAUGAGCCAUCACCUCUGUGAUCAGUGCCUGUGUGCAGACACACCAUGAACCACGGCAGCUCCAAACCUUUUCUGACCAAGUCCUUCCCAGUUCUGUGCAGUUUUCAACCUGACCCUGCUCUCACUUCCUUUCUUUCUAAAGACAAACCUUCUCCUAAUUUAAAUGGCAAUGAACUUCCAGUUUAUCAAACAUCUGGACUGUACCAGAAAAGUCAUCCCUGCCUUGGGUCCAACACGUUAUCUGACAAUGAUAAACAGCAGCAGCUGAAAGUAAACUCAUUCCUACAGGCUCUCAUAAAAAAAUAGAGUUAAUUCAAAUCCCUACCUAACCCUAAACCCCUUGAUUCUACUUAUAAUUUAAUUUUCAAAACUCAUACUUGAACUGGCAAUUUAAUUUAACUAGUAUUUAGUGUGCUGACUCUACCUUGUACUAAUUUAUCAAUGAACAAAUUUAUUAAUGGCUCUAUUUGAAUAUUACCAAUUUAUUGAUGGAUAAACUAAUGAGUAAGGGUUUGGUACUGACCAAACAAAACAAAUAAAGCAGGAGUGACAUCUAGACAGAAGGGCAAAAGGGCACCAGAUCAAGUUUCUAGACCAGCAAACGCAGAAAGAAAAUCAAGAGGGCAACAAAAACAUGUGACAAAUGAAAAGGACAAUGAGGAAAAAAAGUAAAAUAAAUUCAAAAGAAUCAUUUCCUGUA